AGAAGGUGGAUGUGGCUACUUCCUGGAUGGCUCGAUGUGUCUCGAACUCGCGAAGUGCCGGUAGAAGAGAGUAGUUCGCUCGGUCUGGGAUAGCUCCUGGUAGCACUACCCCGUCUGAACACCAGUCAGCCACAACUCGACUCGACCUGCCGAAGGUUUUGAUGGCGUUGGCUUGAUGGGGUCCGGGCGUGCGACAAAGUGAUGGUCUAAGGACUCGCCAGGCACAGAGGUGCUAGCGCGUGGAAUAAUGCGCUGGUCAGUGCACCUAGAAGGAGGGCCGCGGCGAGUCAACCAUGCUGCUGUGGCUGUGGGGCACAAAGUGUACUCCUUUGGAGGCUACUGCUCCGGAGAGGACUACGAGACUCUCCGUCAGAUUGAUGUGCACAUCUUUAACACAGUGUCUCUGCGCUGGAUGAAGUUGCCUCCAGUGAGGAUGGGAGCCCAUGAGCGUGCCUAUGAGGUGCCCUAUAUGCGUUAUGGACACACAGCUGUGCUGCUGGAUGACUCUAUCUACCUCUGGGGUGGGCGCAACGACACAGAGGGGGCCUGCGAUGUGCUUUAUGCCUUCGAUGUCAGCACCCACAGAUGGUUCACGCCCAAGGUUACGGGGGCUGUUCCAGGGGCAAGGGAUGGCCACUCCGCCUGCGUCCUGCGGAAGGCGAUGUAUAUAUUUGGAGGAUAUGAACAGCUGGCUGACUGCUUCUCCAAUGACAUCCACAAGCUGGACACCAACACCAUGGUCUGGUCAUUAAUAAAUACAAGAAACACACCGGCGCGCUGGAGAGACUUCCACUCAGCCACCAUCAUCGGGACAAAGAUGUUUGUGUUUGGAGGUCGAGCCGACCGCUUUGGUCCCUUCCACUCUGACAAUGAGAUCUACUGCAACAAGAUCAAAGUGUUCGACACAGAGACUAACUGCUGGCUGAGCACCCCUCCAACACAGCCUUCGCCAGACGGACGCAGGAGUCAUUCAGCCUUUUCCUACAAAGGAGAGCUGUACGUAUUUGGAGGAUACAAUGCUCGCCUGGACCAGCACUUCAACGACCUCUGGAAAUUCAACCCAGAAGCCUUUUCCUGGAAGAAAGUAGAGCCGAGGGGGAAAGGCCCAUGCCCGCGGAGACGACAGUGCUGUUGUAUGGUGGGAGAUCGAAUCAUCCUCUUUGGAGGAACAAGUCCCUGUCCAGAGCAAGGAAUGGGGGAUGAAUUUAACCUCAUGGAUCAUUCAGACCUGUAUAUCUUAGACUUCAGCCCUAAUUUGAAGACAUUAUGCAAAAUAGCUGUUCUUCAGUACAGUCUGGAGCAGUCGGGACUCCCACAUGAUAUCAGGUGGGAACUGGCAGCCAUGACCACCAACAGCAACAUCAGCAGGCCCAUCUUCUCCUCCCAUGGUUGAUGCUACUGAACCUGAGCUCUGCUUCAGGACACUGGGCCGUUCUCCUUCUAAUCAACUUGAGACCGGGACUGUUUUUGUAGAGUUUGGAUCUGUGUUGGAUUUAUUUUCCACAUUCUUCAAGUGAAACUCAUUACUGACCAAAAUACCCUGCCUAUGACUUCCUUGGACACCACAAGCUCUCAACAUGUCCAAGGAUAUUUUAACUCUUGAAAAGACGGUGGUUAUGUGAGACAAAAACGCUGACACGUGUUCAUCCUUUCUCUCUUCUUUCUAGCCUCUCUAGAAAAAUCCAAUCAGCCUAUGAUAAUCAUAGACUUCGAAGCUUAAGCACAGGAAGAGAUGAGAACUUCAGCCAAAGGUCUUGAGAGUGAACCUUCUUGUUGACACUCAACAGAGCUCCCCGAAGAAACAAAUGUGAACCUUCUGUUCUGAAGAGACUGAGGUGGUUGAGAGUUUUUGUAUCUUGGUCCUAAAACCAUGGAAAACUACCACGUCAUUUAUGACAAAUGUAAUAAUUGUUAGCAGUAUACGGAGGAGCUAACCUUACUACUCUGGUAAAUGCAAGGAGAGAAUAUCAAGUACCACAAUGUCAGGGUAUAACGCUUGUGAAAGGUUGUUUGACUGGUUUUCAAUGCUUGGCUUCCUUCAUCAUAUCUUGGCUGACCCCCAAAACCCCUAUCUUAAGUGUCUCAAAGGUAAAUUGCAAGGCGGCUGUCAGUCUUGCAGAAUAAUCAAGUCCAUCUACCUCCGUCAAUAGAUAGCAUGUAUCAUUGAGACUUCUCACACAUGAACCAUCUUCAGUAACUUCCCCUUAAAAACAGAAGCCUUUUCACAGGGAAGUUUGUAUCAGUGGUCGUCUGUUAUAAUCUUCCAAGAAUUGUCACAGUGUCCGUGGAAGAGUGUGACUCAUCUGCGCCCCCCCCCUACCCCUGUAGUUUGUUUUUCAGUGCCAAAUGUGGAAGGGAAUCAUGAUGCAAACACACUGCGUACGUGUAGGGUCACAUGAUCCCCGCCCACCUGCUUCAGUUUGUCCCUCGUCUUCGCCGACAGGGAGAUUUCCACUGACAUGCAUAAUGUAACUGUUCCUCUUAUAGACAAUCCUACAGCGUUGGGAAGCUGUCCACGUGACCCGCGUCUUCAGAAUGCACACGGAAAUAAACCUGGAAAGCAUGCUUGCCUGUUUGUGUACGACUGCGAGCAAAGCUACGCCUGAGCAGAUGUUUGAAAUGCAUAAGGGCUGUUAUUGGAUUACAAACUCACAGCUUGAAAAUAUCACGGGAAAGCUCAAAUUCUGGAUAUUUAUUCAGGUUUUUAUUUCAUUGAUCCUAAAAUAGGAAUGGUGGUGGUCCUUUUUUAAAUUUUAUUACCAAACACUAUUAUUAAAAAAUAAUUACAACUACAAUAAAAGGAAAUUAUGAUAUUCAGUAUUUUUGAACAUGUCAACAACAGCUGGACACUGUAGUUUUUUAUUGUUACUCUAACAGGAGUAAAGAGGAUUUUUUGGAAACUAUUUCAGCCAAUGACAGUUUAUGUAUGAUUGACUUAAUUUCUUCAUUAUUGUGAAGAAACUUGUCACCCAGUGCAACUCUGUGAAUCAUUUCUGUCUUUUGAUAUUUUCUGUACAAUGUUGAAAGUCUACAGAAUAGGAAAUAACAAGCUGUGGUUUCACAAACGUUGGUUUUGGUUUUUGUUGACAAUAAGAAAAUGUCGAAUAUCACCAGACUUCACCAAGUCUUUUAAAGUCAUUCACCUUUAGAAUGAAAUGAACAACUUGGCGAUGAUGAAUACAGGCAGGAGACAUGUUAGAGUAUUAACACUGCCUUCUCAUUCUAACACUUACCAUGGAUGAUCGUUGUAACAGUACAAAGCCCUGAACUUUGCAAAACUAGGAUUAGAACAGGAACCAUGUAACUACACACACACUUGUGAGCAGUCCUGGUCUCUGGGACAGAGUGUGCUGCUGUUUUCUGUCCUGCCAGAUGUAAAAAUUUGAUCUGUAUCAGUUUUGUCCCCGAUCGGCUCAGUAGAAUCUGACUUGGGUCCUAAACAUCAGGACUGAAUAACGCUGACCUACUUCCUAAUUGUUUACAAAUCUGUGUAUUUCAUGUAAAGCAGUGUGAAACAAUCUUAGAUGCAGGUGGAAGUCGCCAGGUAACUGCACUAAAAGCCAAAACUUGGCAUGUCGGGCCUUACAGAGAGGAGACAUGUCGAUGCUGCUUCUUGCCUAUGGAGACUCCAGAGUUUGAGACAUUUGCCAAGUCAGAUUUUUUUAUUUACAGACCGGUGGUGCCAAUGUGACUCAGUGAGUCUCACGCUCUCUGCACUGCAAAUGCACUCGGACAUAUCACACACUUGAAAUCCCUCAGUACCCCAGUCACUUGGACUUUACAACAGGUAAUGCAGUAAAACCACAGGGAAGCUAACUGUGUGUCUGCACACACACACACGCAUAUAUUUACAAAAAUAACUUGUGAACAAAUCAAACUGUUAAUGUGACACCAAAUGGCUGUUUCUGAUGUGUGGUGUGGGAGUCAUUUUUAUUUGGGGAGUUUGGUCUUUUUGUUGCUUGAAGAUUAUGGGUGAUGGUAUUUUAAGUCAAGACCCUUUCAGGAAUAUAAUGUGAAGUGAAUGACAAUGUAGACACUAUGGUCAAAAAUAAAAUACCUGCAUAAAAACAAACUCCUCAGUGAUGGUCACUCAGUAUAUCGGCGCUACAUUUUAAUGGCAGUGAUGUAAAACGCGGCUUUCGCUCUUGUUUCACCAAAAUAAAAGCAUUAAAUUAAAGCGCACAGUUAUUAUUUGCCAAGCAGAACUAUGUGACCCAGCUGAUGUCAUGCCAAGAAGUGUAUGCUGUGUAGGGCUCAAAAUAUUUUGUAGAAUAAUUCAUAACAAUUAAUGCUUAGGAAAAAAUCAGAACAAAGUAUAGAGUGUGUUUUGAUUCAUUUUACAACUGUGCAGGCCCCCUGUGCUUAUUGUUUUUUUUUUUACUUUAUAUUUUUACUUUUUAAUUUGGAGGGGACUCUGAAAUCUGUUGAUGUGGGUCAGGACUUCCUGUGCAAUAUGCUUUAUAACUAUCAAUAAAAAAACAAUUUGAGCUGUUAA